AUGUCUAGAGUCAUUGUGAAGGGUUUACCGAAAUAUGUUAACGAAGAACGUCUAAAGGAUCAUUUUGGCAAACGACUCACACAAAGGCAAGGUGAUGGUGCGGCUGGGAGCGGCAUCACUGAUGUAAAAAUACCAAAAGACAGAAAUGGCGAAUCCAGAAGAUUCGCGUUUUUGGGGUUUCGCUCAGAAGAAGAUGCCUUUGACGCCGUAGAGUACUUCGACAAGAGUUUCAUCGACACCUGCAAAUUAGAAGUGUCGAUGGCUAAGAGUUUUGCCGAUCCACGUGUACCGCAAUCCAUGAAGGAAAAGAAGCGAGCCGCUCUCAAGAGACUGCGAGAACGUGAAGAAAAAGUGUCACAGGCACAAGGCCCAUCCGACAAGAAGCAAAGGGGCGAAAAAGCGACUCUGGAUGCAGAAAUAGAAAAGAAUAAGCAGUUGAAAGAAUUCAUUGAAACGAUGAAACCAAGCAAUCAAGUAACUUCUUGGGACACGAUGGCAGGAGCGUCAACUUCGUCGAACUCUGAAAAUCUGCAGAAGGAUAACCUGCAGGAGAGCGAAACAAAAGACAAUAGUGAUGUUGGCAACGAGGAAGACAAACAACCGGCCAACUCGCUUCUGGCGCAGGCUUUGGCCCUUCGGAAGGAAGGCGAUGACGAUAGCGACGAAGAGUAUGAAGACUUCAGCAAAAUUACCAAGAAGGAACAGCAGUCACAGGGGGAACCUCAUGAUGAAGAAGAGAUGAUGAGCUUGAACGACUUCGAACAUGGUGAAGUUCAGGACAACGAACAACCAAAUUUGGCUCAGAAUGCUGGGAUUUCUGAUCUGGAUUGGUUGAAGCAACGGCGCGUGCGGAUCAAGGAACGGCCUUAUCAGGAAAUUACCGAAGGAGCACCAACUCAAAAGAAGCAAGCAGAAUCAGCAGAUCAAACGGACCAAAAUUCGGCCCAACUCGAUGAAAAAGAAUUUGGACCAAGUGAGGAAGAAGUUGCCAUCAAAAAAAUUACUGAAAGCGGUCGCCUGUUCUUGAGAAAUAUUUUGUACACCGCUACCGAAGAGGACUUUAGAACUCUUUUCGCGCCUUACGGUAAACUUGAAGAAGUACAUGUUGCUCUGGAUACCCGAACCGGCAAGUCUAAAGGAUUUGCCUACGUUCUCUUCACAAAUCCUGGCGACGCAGUCAAUGCAUACAUUGAACUUGACAAACAAAUUUUCCAAGGUAGGCUAUUGCACAUUCUUCCUUCCGACGCUAAGAAAACACAUCGACUCGACGAGUUUGAUUUGAAAAACAUGCCAUUAAAAAAGCAGAAGGCUUUGAAACGGAAGGCAGAUGCUUCGAAAGAUACUUUUUCAUGGAAUUCUUUGUUCAUGAGCCAAGACGCCGUUUUGAGUAGCGUUGCAUCAAAGUUAGGUGUUCGAAAAUCAGAUUUGAUUGAUGCCACCGAUGCAAGUGCCGCUGUCAAACAAGCUCUUGCCGAAGCUCAUGUUAUUGGAGACGUCCGCAAAUAUUUCGAAUCGAAAGGUGUGAACCUAGCAAAGUUCGGGGAGUUUAAGUCGCCAAGCGAGCGCAAUGAUAAGGUGAUUCUAGUCAAGAAUUUCCCAUAUGGGACAACUCAGGAGGAGCUAGCUGAGCUGUUUUUGCCAUUUGGUAAGUUGGAAAGAUUUCUCAUGCCACCAGCUAACACGAUCGCGAUUAUUGAGUACAGAGACGUUACGAGUGCUCGAGCUGCUUUCUCGAAACUAUCCUACAAGAGGUUCAAAGACGGAAUUAUAUAUCUCGAAAAGGGCCCUAAGAAUUGUUUCACGAGAGACGCUGAUGGAGAAGAGGGUAUUCACACAGAUUCUAAGCCAGACGUCAAGGAGGCCAAAGCCUCAGUGGCGGACAUUCUUGAAAGCAGGCCUGAGAUCAUUGACAACCAGGAGGAAAGCGAUGUUUUGAACUAUGGACCUACGGUCUCGAUUUUUGUGAAGAAUUUGAAUUUCUCGACGACUUCAGCACAAUUGUCUGACAAGUUCCGCCCAUUUAGUGGAUUUAUUGUGGGGCAGGUCAAGACCAAAGCAGACCCUAGGAACUCGUCUCGGGCGUUGUCUAUGGGUUUCGGUUUUGUUGAAUUUCGGACAAAAGAACAUGCGAUGGCUGUCAUUUCUGCUUUAGAUGGAAGCGUUCUCGAUGGACAUAGAAUCCAACUGAAGUUAUCUAAUAGACAAGGCUCUAGUGCAUCGACAGGGAAGAAUGUCAAAAAGAAAGGCAGUAGCAAGAUAAUUGUCAAAAACUUGCCAUUUGAGGCAACUCGUAAAGACAUUUUCGAGCUUUUCAGCUCGUUUGGUCAACUAAAAUCGGUCAGAGUUCCAAAAAAAUUCGACAAGUCCGCUCGCGGUUUUGCAUUUAUCGAAUUUCUUUUACCAAAGGAGGCUGAAAAUGCAAUGGAUCAACUGCAGGGAGUGCAUUUACUAGGUCGCCGACUUGUUAUGCAGUACGCAGAACAAGAGCCAGAAGAUGCUGAGGAACAGAUUGCUAAGAUGACGAGAAAGGUCAAAUCGCAGGUGGUCGCAACCCAACACGCAGCUCUGAGAAAUGCUAGUCGCUCCAAAGUUGACUUUGGCGAAAACCAUGAUGAUAAUGAUGGCUUGAAUGGAAUAUGA